AGAAGACGUCCCGAAGCUUUUAAAAGCGCCCUUUCAGUUCCAGCAGCUUAUUCCAAUUAGUUUUUUGGUCGUGUAAUUUGUAGUAGAAGAUACAGAGUGAACAAAAUGACUGAACUUUUCCCGGUGAUGAAGACUGAACAGAAUGAAAACAUCCGGACCACACUAAUAAGACUCGACGGGAUGACCGAGACCUGCGAGUCGUCACUAAAGUUACUGUGCAAGAGUGAACCACUGUGUGAGUUGGGUCCGAAAGAAGAUUCUGUCAUUUGCCUUCAAUGUGGGAUGCUUUUCACAGAGCAAGCAAGCUUUAUACAGCACAUUAGGAUUCACACCGGAGAGAAGCCGUUCACCUGCCCUCAGUGUGGAAAGUGUUUCACAACCAGACAUGGACUUGAAAUUCACAUGAGAAGUCACACCGGAGAGAAGCCGUUCGCCUGCCAUCAGUGUGGAAAGAGAUUCACAGUGAAAGGAAACCUGAAUAAUCACAUCCGAAUUCACACCGGAGAGAAGCCAUUCAACUGCACUCAAUGUGGAAAAAAUUUCACAACGAAAGGAAACCUUGAGAAUCACGUGAGAAAUCACACCGGAGAGAAGCCUUUCAACUGUUUUCUGUGUGGAAAGAGGUUCAAAGCGAAAGGAAACCUUGAAAUUCACAUGAGAAGUCACAGUGGAGAGAAGCCGUUCGCCUGCCUUCAGUGUGGAAAGAGAUUCACAACGAAAGGAAACCUUGAGAAUCACGUGAGAAAUCACACCGGAGAGAAGCCGUUCAAAUGUAUUCUGUGUGGAAAGAGUUUUAAAAUGAAGCAAAACCUAAAAUUUCACAUGAGAAGUCACAAAGGAGAGAAGCCGUUCUCCUGUUCUCUGUGUGGAAAGAGUUUCAAAGCGAAAGGAAACCUUGAAAUUCACAUGAGAAGUCACAGUGGAGAGAAGCCGUUCAACUGCACUCAGUGUGGAAAGAGAUUCACAACGAAAGGAAACCUUGAAAUUCACAUGAGAAGUCACACCGGAGAGAAGCCGUUCAACUGCACUCAGUGCGAAAAGAGAUUCGCAGCGAAAGGAAACCUUGAGACACACAUGAGAGUUCACACCGGAGAGAAGCCGUUCUCCUGUUCUCAGUGUGGAAAGAGAUUCACAGUGAAACAAAACCUUGAGAAUCACAUGAAAAUUCACACCGGAGCGAAGCCGUUCUCUUGUUUUCUGUGUGGAAAGAGUUUUAAAAUGAAGAAAAACCUAGAGAUUCACAUGAGAGUUCACAGUGGAGAGAAGCCGUUCGCCUGCUUUCAUUGUGGAAAGAGAUUCGCAGUGAAAGGAAACCUUGACUGUCACAUGAGGAUUCACACCGGAGAGAAGCCCUUCAACUGUGCUAAGUGUGGAAAGAGUUUCACACAAAAAGGACACCUUCAACGUCAUGAGCGUUUACGCUGUAGUGAUGAAGCCCUUCACUCGCUCUCAGAGUGGAAAGAGUUUCGCAGAACAAGGUCAAGGACAGCUAAAACAUCACAUAAGUUCACACUGGAGUGAAGCCCUUCAUCUGUUCUCAAUGUGGAAAGGGUUUCACAGUGAAAUAGAACCGUAAUAUUCACAUGAGAAAUCACAGUUGAUUAGACAUGUAAAGCAGAAUUACUAUGACAGUUUUUGCUAUAAGAACAUGAACGUGAAGAACAUGCAUAUUUCUGUUUAGACGCAUUCAUUUUUUGCCACAUAAUACAUCAAUACAUACAAUAUGUUUGAAGACAUUUUAGAAGAGAAAAUUCAUUGGUAUCUCAAGAAUAUCUGUGACAAAAGCAUAUCUAGAAUAUCUUUUUAAAAAGUAAUGCAGUGCAUUACAAUAUUGCUUUACUCCCUAAAAAUUACUUUUAGUUACUUUUUUACGGAAAGUAAUGUUCUGUUACUUUUUCUCACCUGGGCUGGGCUUGCUUGUUUGUUUUUUUUAAGUGGUUUUAGCCUUUCACCUGUACUAGAUUGCAGUAUAAUUGUUUGUGAAGAGAAGAAAGUUCAACAAAGUGCAAUAAAAACAAACUGUUUUCAUCCAUUUUGAAGAAUACUGAAUCUGUUUUUGUGCCAGUGAGAUGAAUAAAUGCUCACUUGUAGUUGUAUGUCAAAAAACUCAUCAGGUUCUGCAGUUUCUCUCCACCGACUGAAGACAUUAAAUCUGUGAAGAUCUCAUUCUCAGCAAAUGGGGAUUAAACAACUCCACAAACAGCAUCACCAGCUUUAUGACUAACUAGAAUUACUUUAUUUCUGUCAGAUAUCUAUGAACGGAGGUUUAGAUAUCGAUAUUUUUAAAUGUUUGGUCACCAUUAUUGUGAUCAGUGUUUCCUAUAGUUGAACAGUUUGACUCUUAGCAUUUUAAGUGCAAUUUUGGUCUUUGUAAUAGUUUGUUACAAAGGUGUUCAGGUAUAGUAGUUUUCAUAAUAAAAAAUAAAAAAGAAUGGUUCUUUAAUGU